AUGGCCGCCUUCCGCGCCUCAGCCGCCCCGUCGGAGGAGCAGGGUCGCCUCAGCGGCGGCGCCGGCGCCCACGACCGGCCCCAGACGGUGCUGGACGAGUUCACGGCGCCGGCGGAGAAGAGCGUCUUCCUGGAGCGGAGCCGCGGCUGCAUCGAGCGGCUCUUCGGGGUGCACUUGGCCUUCUUGGAGGCGGCGAAAAGCGGCGGCUGGGCUCCUCCGGGCCCCGGCGGGGGCAGGAUCUGGCUCAGCCUGCUGGGCGAACGGGAGGAAGUGUGCAGCGCCAAGGAAUAUAUUAAAGGAAUCUGCGAGCCCGAAUUGGAAGAGAGGGAAUAUUAUCCCAAAGACAUGCACUGUAUUUUUGUAGGAGCACAAAACCUCUUCAUGAAUUGCCUUAUCCAGGGCACAUCUGCUGACGUUACUAUAGCGGAGAUCGGGACGCUCAGUAUUAAAGGCCGUACCGAGCCUGUUGUCAUGGCCAGGAGCCACAUUCAGCAGUUUGUGAACCUCUUCGAAAACAACCUCAACGAGCCGACGGUCAGGGAGUCGGAAGUGAAGAAACAGUUCAAGCAUCUGGUUGAAGCUCACGCAGAUAAAUACAUGAUGGACCUCUUGAUCCUGCCAAGCUCGCUGAAGAAAGAGCUGCUGAGUCUCGCACAGCACGAAGGCGGCAAAACAGAAGGCCGAGCUGCAGACCCUGGCCCGUCCGAUGGGACGUUAAGACACCCAACUCAGAUUCAGAAACUAUCUGUAGUAAGCAGCGAGGGCAGAACAGCUCAGGAGGAAGCAAGGAACAACGCAGGUACGCCGGUCUCUGAAUUAGCCAAGCAAAUGGAUACAGUUUUCCCCGAGACGCCAGAAGGACAUUUUUUACCUAUAAAUGGUCUAACGUCUCUCGAGACCUCUGCCUCGAAAGAAAGGCAGUCGUGUAAAAGACGGUCCUCGGAUGACGAAGAGAGGCGUCCAAAGAAACAAUUUUCUUUUGAAAGCAACCAGGAAUGUAAGCAGAUGUCUUGCAAAAGACAGGAUGACAUAGUGGUGAUAGACUUGGUCUCGGAUACAGACGAGUUCCUUGAUACUAAAAACGGUGAUGAAAUCAGCGAGGAGAUGGAGUACAAGAUACUGGUAAAUUUUUUCAAAAGCAUGGGCUACUCUGAGGAAGUUGUAGAAACGGUGAUUGCUGAACACGGGCAGUCGGCUGAGCCCUUACUCCUUCUCGAACAAAUUGAGAAAAAGAGCAAGACGGGGGCGGAAGAGGAAGGCGAGUCUAGAGCUACGUCCCAGAAUACUGAAGCGCAGGCAGAGAAAAAUCAAGACGGUCCUGGCAACAGGGUCCACCCGGAUCUAGGCCGUCCGUCGGAGUGGCCCCCAAAUGCAAACGCCGUCCCUUUUUCUCAAGCGCCCUGCAAAACGGAGGACAAAACCCGUGGAUCAGACGCUGAAAAUCGAACGGCUCUUUUGGGUAACAAAAAAUCGUCGCAUAAGGAGCUCAGCAAAGUACGAUUGGGUUGUUCAGAACAGGGUGGCAAGGCGAGUGAGGUGGAGAGCGAUGGUUUCGUGAACGCCUCUAGUAACACACACGUGGCAACCAGUAAGAAACCCAAAGAUCCGAUCUUGGUAGCCAGGGGUGGCUGGGAGAGCGCACAGGCAGCAGUUCAGAGAGAAAACUUGGUUCUUCGAGGGUGUUUCAACCCAUCACCUGCGACACAGGACCCACCGAAAAAUUGCCAUCCUGUGCAGCUCGGAGCUCAGCAGUUCCCUCCCCAAAAAACAACGCCCUUUGCAGACCCCACCCCUCCUCUGCAGCCAAGAAGUUUUUAUCCAGAAAAGAAGACGGGGGGACUGUACUGUCACCCUGCAGAUCCUUCAGUCACCGGGGUCCAGAGGUUUCUAGAGGCUUUGAAAACACCGUACAAGCUGGAACUGAAAAACGAGCCAGGGAGAGCCCACUUAAAAUACGUCGUAAUAGAUGGCAGCAAUGUUGCAAUUUCCCACGGUCUGCAAAAAUUCUUUUCCUGCCGAGGAAUCGCAAUUGCUGUCGAUUACUUUUGGAAGCAUGGCCACCGAAAGAUUACAGUUUUUGUCCCACAGUGGCGAACACGGAAAGAUUCUAAUAUCACAGAGCAGCAUUUCUUAACCCAGCUACAAGAUGUUGGCAUUUUGGCACUUACUCCAGCAAGAGUUGUAUGUGGGGCUAGAAUUGCCUCUCACGAUGACAGAUUUUUGCUGCACCUUGCUGAAAAAACUGGAGGUGUUAUUGUUACCAAUGAUAACUUCAGAGAAUUUGUAGACGAAUCCCCAACCUGGAGGGAGAUUAUUCAGAGGAGGCUUCUGCAGUACACUUUUGCUGGAGACAUUUUCAUGGUGCCUGAUGACCCCCUGGGACGAAAUGGACCUGGAUUAGACCGUUUUCUUCAGGAGGAAGCUAGUUUCGGAGCUAUGCCAACCCAGCACAGCCUUGCAAGUGGGAGCCAUCUUCCUUUGGGGAUACCGCCUUUCCUGAUGCAGCCAGAAGGGAGCGGACAGUUGCUCCCAAACCCCGUUUCGGGUCUCCUCCCCAACUUGCCUCCGUUUCCUACAACGUCCCCCCCCCCACCUCCAAGAUCCGCCAGCGAAACCACCCGCUUAAAAGAAGCCUUGAGAAAAAUAUUCCCAACUCCGGAGCAGAGGGAGAAGAUCGAGGAGAUCCUGGCGCAGCACCCCCACAUGAGGGACAUGAAUGCAUUGUCUGCAUUGGUACUGGAUUUAAGCUGAUGAACUAAAAACCUUCCCCCACCCCCCAAAAAAAAAACACUUUUCAGUUUUGCAGUUUGGAUUGUUAAUGUAAAGAGAGAUGCAUCUGAGUUGAAGUCAGGCCAUCUGUGAAUAGUCAAAAACUUAAAUCCUUUUGUAUAAAA